GCUGUUUGCCUGCUUAUUUCGUUUUUAAAUGGGUCAUUUUUAUGCUUUUGCGAUGAUUGCCAUUCAGUUAGAUUACUCCAAGUUUCUUAACCCUGCAAAGGUUGCAGUAAGAAAAUGUCUACUUAAAAAACACGCUUUAAUCCAGACAUGCCCAGAUUGACACGCACAAACAAUUUCACUAUUUCUAACUUUAAGACGUAAACGCAUAUUUGAAAUGUUUAGCCUGUUUUAUCUUUACAUUUUUAAAUACAUUCAUUAUUCCCUCCUUUGGUGUGUACCUGUACUGCCCGGAAGAACUCCCUCUGGGCCGGUUUCCUUUUAUUACGGCGACACCUCUUGGCAGGAUGCACGGCAUGCAUGCGGCCUUCCUGAAUUCUUCCUGCAUGUUGCGUAAUCUUGACACUUUAUGACGCUUUUGAGUUACGAGUGGUGAUAUUACAACGUCAGUAUGAACCCACAGGACCUUAUAGGCGACUGUCUCAUUCAUAUUUUUACCUUUCUGGCCGAGGAAGAUUUAAUCAGCGCCUCCAGCGUGUGCAAGGUAAGGAGCCUCCAAAAUGCGGAAGUAGCUUUGACAACACGACAUGAAGUUUGUUCUGUUUUGCAGCACUGGCACCAUGCUGCCGAGACUCAGUGGCUUUGGAGGAAGAUGUGCCUGCAGCGAUGGGGGUUUUGCAGCCAGGCUGUGUUGGCGAGCCCACUCGUCAAUCACUCGUGGAAGACAUACUUCGUGCGACGGUCCCAUUUGGAGACGAAAAUGAAGGAAGGGCGGACUGGGGGAUAUGCCUGCGAAAGUCUUCGGGGCCACACAGGGAGCAUAGUGGGCUUGGUCUACCUGAAGGGGAGCUCACCUGUUAGUCCUGACCUAUGGAGCGCAUCCACCACAGUCUGCAGUGCUUCGACUGAUGGUACAGUCCGAGCAUGGAACAUCCAAAAUGGUGAACUCCUGUGGUGCAGUGCGAAGCAGUCGCCUUUAUCAAGCAUCAUACGUGACGAGCAGAGUGACUUUGUCAUCACAGCAGACUCCACUGGUCUCAUCAAGGUCUGGCAGGGUCAGACUGGCCAGGAGGUGGCAUCCUAUUCUGCCGCAUCCACACACUGUACGUUACUGCAGUACAAUAAGGACAACGAUUGGUUUCUAUCGGUUGGAACAAAUCAGGGGUCGUUGUGUACACUAGCUGGCUUGGCUUUGACAAAAAAAUCCAAUAUGAUGGUAUGUGACAGUUUUAAGGUGAACAUAGUCCUGGUGUCACCUGACAAGAAAUGGAUCUUGGCUGGAUCCAAGGAGAUUGUUGAUUUACAUCCAAAGGUGAUUUACACUGAGAGUUUGACCUCUCCAGUUGAGGACGAAGAUCCUCUGUGCCAGUUAGUACCAGUCACGGGAUGCCAGGCUGCUGUUUUCAUCCCCACACAGUCUGCCAGACUGGCCACGGUCCACAGCAAAGAGCGGACCAACAACAAAGCCCUCACUGUCUUCGAUGUCAGCAUUAAAAAGUCAAAGUACAAGUCCCAGAUCCAAGUCCAGCAGGUGGAGUCCUUCCCCUUGGCACUGAAUAGCACAUCCUCCGACAUUCUUCUCGAGGCAAAAGACAGCAACUGCAUUGUGAUGGCAGCUGAUCGUCAUCUGUGGGUGUACUCUUUGAAAGGCGUCUUGCUUGCCAGCUUUGAAGAGCACAUCAUGCCAAUUACUUCUAUAUGUGUGGAUAGCUUUCGUGUGGUAACGGCAUCUCAGGACCUUUCCUUACGUGUGCUGACCUGGAGACAUGACAGAGGUCACGGGUUGGCCUUGGAUAGCCGAUACCACUUAUUAGGAGGUUCUCACACGAUGUCCAGAGGGUUCAGCCACGUCUGCUGUGACUACUCCAGCAUUGUUGGUUCGGUUGAAGGAAAAGAUGGCAAAGAUGUUUUAAAGGCUUAUACAUUCACAUCGUGAGUUGUGGCAUUCACUGUUCAUCAUGCUUGCUUUUAUUAUGAGGUUCCUUGGUUAUUCUAAGACUAGGUUUCUUAAGUCUUAAGGCAGAACAUUACAUAAAAACCUGUUCUUCAUUGGGUUACCUCAGUAUGGGGGUGACAUUCCAUACCAUGACUAUUUGUAUUCAUCUCACAACAUCAGCAAUUGCAUAAUAAAUAUCUUGAUCAAAAGGCACUUGGUGUCGGCUGC